AUGGUAGAUACUACGCAUCUCAAACGUUUCUCGAAAACUGCCGGCAUCAUUAGGCUCCCGUCUGAGACCAGCCUGGCUGAUGGAACAGGCAACGGCAGACCACAUUCGGUAGAUAAGCAGAGUCUACGAAUUGUUCCAUGUCCAGAUGAUUCCCCGCCCACAGCCCCGCGCGAGUUCGAGAAGGACGACCAGAAACUAGUACACGGCUUACAGUAUAGUGAGAUGGAAACGUACGAUCCACGGUCAGCGAAGAACAACCCAGGAAACGAGCCCCCCAAUAUAUGGAGGCUUGCUGCUGUCACAGCUGGUCUGGGACUUUCAGUUUUGUGUUUAUCUUUGGAUAAUACCAUCAUCACAACCGCUAUCCCAAGGAUAACGGAACAAUUUAAUUCUUUGGGCGAUGUCGGUUGGUACGGAAGUGCAUACAUGCUCACCACCUGCGCAUUAACUCUGCCAUUCGGCAAGAUUUACACCUUCUACUCCACCAAAUGGGUCUACCUAACCGCGUUGAUGAUAUUCGAGCUCGGAUCCUUGAUCUGUGGCGUUGCUCCUAGUUCAGUCGGAUUGAUCCUCGGACGUGCCGUAGCUGGCAUAGGAGCCGCCGGUCUCUAUUCAGGAGCUAUUCUAAUAGUCACCCAGAUGGUCCCACUGGAAAAACGACCGGUCUACCAAGGGAUCCUGGGAGCGAUGUUCGGCGUUGCCAGUGUAAUCGGGCCAUUGAUGGGCGGUGCUUUCACCGAUAAUCUCACAUGGAGAUGGUGUUUCUACAUCAACCUUCCCUUCGGAGGCGUGACUGCUCUUAUCAUUCUGUUCCUAUUCCAGGCUCCGAAGCCGGUCAAAGGUCGAUCGGGAGCGAGGGAUCAGAUAUCGCAGCUGGAUCUGCCUAGCUUGGCUUUGUUCUUUCCGGCGAUCGUCUGUCUGUUGCUUGCGCUGCAAUGGGGAGGCAGUCGGUAUGCAUGGGGAAAUGCCCGUAUCAUCGUCCUGUUCGUUCUCUUCGGUGUUUUCAUCAUGGGCUUUGUUGCGAUGCAGGGAUAUCGCGGUGAUAGAGCUACCGUACCUCCUCGUCUCCUGAAGAACCGCAAUGUGUCGUGCGCUGCCUGUUUUGCCUUCUUUCUACUCGGAUCUUUCUAUACCAUCAUGUAUUACCUCCCCAUCUGGUUCCAAGCCGUCAAAGGCGUCUCAGCCACCAAAUCCGGCAUCAUGAGUUUCCCCAUGGUCAUCGGCCUCGUGGUCGCCGCCAUGCUCGUCGGUUUCCUCGUGACCACAUUCGGCUACUACACGCCCUUCAUGAUCCUCGCACCCAUCCUCACCACCAUCGGCGCAGGCCUCAUCUCCACCUUCGACGUCGACUCCGGCCACCCCAUGUGGAUUGGGUAUCAAGCGCUUCUCGGCAUGGGGGUUGGCACGGGCAUCCAGCAACACAUGCUCGUGUACCAAACGGUGCUGGGGCCCAUCGACGUCCCCACCGCCACCGCCAUCGGUAUGUUCCUGCAGACUCUGGGCGGGGCGAUCUUCGUCUCUGUGUCGCAGAGUGUAUUCAGUAACCAGUUGCGUUCGGGACUGAAGAGUCUGGCGCCGGGUGCGGAUGCCGAGAAGGUCAUUGCGGCGGGGGCGACUAUGUUGAGGGAGGCGGUAACGAAGGCCGAUCUGCCCGGUGUGUUGCAGGCGUAUAGUGAUGCCAUUACGCAGACGUUUUAUAUCUCGGUUGCGACGGCUGCGAUCGCGUUCUUUGUGGCGUUGCCGGUCCAGUGGAUUUCGGUGAAGGGGAGGAGGAUGGAGAGCGGGGGGCAUGCUUAG